AUGACUUACAAAUCGGUAUCACCAUCACCACCGCUACUAAGUCCAAAACCAAUAUCGCGACUAAAGAAUCAUCGCACCAUCCGCAAACUAAAUCGCAUUGCAAACUCCAAAAUAGUCAGAUUACUUCUAGUCUUUGUUAUCUUGAUCAACAUUUUCUUAGCUUCAAUAAUAACAUUCACAAACAAAAAGAAGAUCUUGGGAGUUAAACUACCGCGAAGAAAGAAAAGCAACAAAGAUGCCCAGCAACUAUAUCGUCUGUCCCGAGUUAGAUUAGCAACAGCACCCAACCAUAAACAAAACUAUUACCAAGGCGGCGGAGGCGCAUCCUACGAAGAUAUCCCCGUUAUCAUUGAAGUACCUCAUGACCAAAUUAGCUUUAUCAACCCAACAACCAGACAAUAUGAACAGGAACAGAUGAAAACACAGACAAUGUAUACUAUACCAGAGGGUAAAAAGUAUGAAGAAUUAAACAACAAGGAAAAAUUGCAAUGGAUGCUCCGCGAAAUCAGCGAGGAUAAGGAAAAGUAUUGGUUGGCACAUACUGAGCUCACUGAUUACGAGAUCAAGUUGCAUGUUAAAGAUUUUCUUUACGAAAAUUGGAUUGGCAAACCCGUAUUGUUUUAUGACCCAAGAUUCACCUUAUCUAUAUACUUAUCUGAGUUGAGAAACCAGUACAAACGCAAACAAAUGAACAAAAGCAAACAGGGCAAGCAAGAUGAUGAUAAAAAUAAUAGCAACAACAACAACAAUGAUGAUGAUGAUGACGAUGACGAUCCAGUAGUUGUUCCCUUUGCAUGGUCUGAUUGGGUGGACUUGACCAUGUUGAACCAAGAAUUGGUUAAACCUGAAAAAAAGAGGAAAACAUGUGCAUAUAUGAAGGCAACACAUCAUAUCCCAACAAAGUAUCCCGACUACUGUAUCGAUAAUGUGGAUGUAGUUCGCCAAGAUUUGGAUGAAAUGCAAUUGCAACUGGUUAACUAUGUUCCCGGCUUUGCCGUAAAGACAUCACCGACAAAUAAGGCUUCAAACGAAGUGAGGAUGCUCGAAGGUAAAUCACAUCUCCUAACAUACGCCAAGAACCCAAUGAGUAUAAUCUUUUUGAGCAAAGACGGAGUAUACGAGGCCCAAGUCGAUGGUAAGCAACGUAUUGUUGAUGGAAGCUUAUUUGACAAUUACUUGAAGGAUAACAACAUUGCACGAGACGAGCUGGAGAUGAUUACCAUGAACCCCGUUAAAGAAUUUGUUCAUCUUGUAGAGCAAGUGCCUCCACAAUUGAUUAAACCUGAAGAAGAUAGAUAUGGAAUGGUUGCCACACUAAAAGAGCUAAAUCCAUUCCAAUCUAAGGAAAUAUACCUCCCACCACUGGCAUUCAACUAUCAACAAGACAAGAUUGACUUGCAAAUUAAAGAGUAUGAAAGCAGAAUGAAGAAAGCUAUGGGACUCGUUACCAAUGAGUUGACUUUUGACCAGGAAGAGAUAUAUAAACUUCGUCUUACAAGAAAAGAAAAAUUGUACUAUGACGGAUUAAAGUAUGCAAAUAAGUUUCCACUAAAGAAGGAACCAACGCAUUUCAGAAUGGCAAGAUUGAAUUUUGGUAAUGCCGAGAAUGAUCAUGAUGCAGGUUGGCACUACGAGUGGAGGUUUUUUAAUGGUGCAUUGAAAUACUUAAAAAAAGGUUGGACCGAGGAUGAGCUACAGAUUAGAGAAAAUGUCUUGUUGGAUAGGAUUUUGCGCAACUGGUUCAAGUUUGCCAAUAUGAAGGGUGUCAUUUCCUGGAUUGCACAUGGUCCAUUGUUGUCGUGGUAUUGGGAUGGGUUGCUUUUCCCAUUUGACGAGGAUAUCGAUAUUCAAAUGCCGGCAUCUGACUUGGCCAGUUUUUGCAAAUCUUAUAAUCAAUCGUUGGUUGUUGAAGAAAUCACUGAAGGUUUUGGCAAGUUUUUUAUUGAAUGUUCUUCUUUUGUGCAUCAUAGGGGCAAGUCGUUUAAGGAAAAUCACAUUGAUGCUAGAUUUAUUGAUAUUGAUACUGGGUCGUAUAUUGAUAUUACUGGGUUGGGGAUUAGUGAUUUACCUGUUCCCGAGAGGUAUGAGUCUUUGAUUUUACAGAAUGAAGCCGAAGGUGUUCCAAGACAAGUUUAUAAUUGUCGAUAUCCACAUUUCUACUCGCACGAUGAGAUAUCACCAUUGCGGUAUACUAUGUUGGGUGGUAUUCCUGUAUUUGUUCCCAAUCAAAUCGAGACCAUUUUGCAACAAGAAUACGAGCAAGGUUUGGAGAGUUAUGAGUAUGAAGGGUUCUUUUUUGUUGAUGCUUUGGGACUCUGGAUUCAUCAUAGCAAGAUGGAGUUUUUGUUUCCCAAUGAGGAUUUGUACGCCAAAAAGGGAAGGAAAAAAGUAAAGAGCAAUAGUAAGAACAAGAAGAAUAAGAAUGCAAACACCAAUAACCUUGAUAUUGAAAAGUUUACGCGGUUGGUGAAGGGUAUUACUGAGGAGCAAGUUGUGAAGUUGUUGGAGAAUGAUCAAGAUAUACUAUUGGAGUACUAUCUCACGAGACAAGCUACCAGUAUACACAAGCAGGAGUUGACCCAUUUGUUCCAUAUGGAGAAUGGUACCAAUACAGCGAUUGGAGAUAUUUCCGGAAUGAAGACGAAUAGAGAGAUUAUGAAUGAUGGAGAGUACCAUCGUUUAACUUCUAGUUUUAAAUUCCAAAAGCCAUUUAGGAGACCAUUGUUUAAUUACGAGCAAAUCGAUAGGCCAAGACACCAUCAAGGCUAA